AUGUGCAUCACGCGAUGUUUCGCAUGCACUUCAGCAAUGCUGCUGCCCUUGGUCCUCUUCUUACUGACAGCUGUUGCUCCUACUGCCAGCCAAUCAGACCCAGCUGCAACUCCGCCGCCUGAUGUGACGAAAGGAACUCCGAAACGGCCUUGUCCAACCUACGUGCCAACAUGUCAACGGUUCACCCAAACAGUGUCAGCCAUUAACUGCAUAGCUUUUAUCAAUCAGAAUGGCAUUAGCAUCCAGCAGCUUGUACAUUACAACCCGGAUAUUGAAUGUAGUGUGAAAAUUCCUUCGGGUUGUGCAAUUUGCAUCGGUGUUGCCGCAGACCCUCCACCACCACCACCGCCACCGCCCCCCCCUUCGGACUAUUACUAUUGGUGGCCCCCACCAUACGAAUGGCCCCCUUAUGAGCCACCCCCACCACCACCACCGCCGCCGCCGCCAGUGCCGCCACCACCGCCGCCGCCACCACCACCAUCGCCAGGGCCACCACCACCACCACCGCCGCCGCCGCCACCGCCAGGGCCGCCACCACCACCGCAGCAACCCGACCUUCCCCAGUCACCAGCAGCGCCCCCUCGAAAGCGACAGAGGCCACCCCCGCCUUCGCGGAUCUCGCCGCCACCUCCGCCAACACCUCGCGGUCCUGCACCUGUGCCGCCCAGGCCGCCCCCACCGCGCCCUUCUCCACGUCCGCCACCGCCUCGCCCUCCUCCACCACCACCUAGCCCUCCACCCCCCCCACCCCCACGGCCUCCACCUCCACCGUCCUCUAGAUCUCCACCUCCACCACCCCCACGGCCUCCGCCUCCACCACCACCUAGCCCUCCACCUCCACCACCCCCACGGCCUCCACCUCCACCACCACCUAGCCCUCCACCUCCCCCACCCCCACGGCCUCCACCUCCACCACCACCUAGCCCUCCACCUCCACCACCCCCACGGCCUCCGCCUCCACCGCCACCCAGCCCUCCACCUCCACCACCCCCACGGCCUCCGCCUCCACCGCCACCCAGCCCUCCACCUCCACCACCGCCCAGACCACCGCCCCCAAGUCCUCCACCGCCGUCCCCAGAACCCGGGGCCCCCGUAGGGCCUGAAUCGCCAGGCAGGCCGCCAAGAUCCUCCCCCAGACCUCCUCCUCUGAGCUCUCCACCAAGCCCUCGACCUUUCCCACCAAGCCCCCGGUCCCAAGCACCAUCGCCGCAACCGCCACCACCAACGCCCCAACCACCUCCACCAUCGCCCCAGCCGCCGCCACUAACGCUCCGAUCCCCACCAUCGCCACGCCCUCGGCCCCCACCACCGCUACCAAGCCCCAGAUCGACACGACCCCCCGGUAAUGCCCCACGGACCCCUAACAUCCCAGAGCCUCCAUGGGCUCCCGACCCCCCUUUGCUGCUGUCCAUACCGCCCAGCCCGCCACCCCCACGUCCUCCGAAACCACCCAGCCCGAGGCCGCCAUCGGGGCAGUCAACGGGGACCCUGCCGCUCACACCACCUUCCCCACGGCCCCCACCGCCUUCACGUCUGCCGCCGAUGCCGCCGGGUACAUUGAGGCCGCCCAGCCCGCCGCCGCCGUCCCCCAGGCCUCCACCGCCCCUGCCACCCGAUCUGGACCCUUCCGUUGACCCGUCCAGUCCUUGGUACGUGGAUGUACAGGCCACGCUAGACCGCCAUAACCAGUAUCGAUCAUGGCACCAGGCGCCGCCCCUGGCCUGGAGCUCAAGGCUACAGUCGGCAGCCCAAGAGUGGGCGGAUAACUGCUGGUUUGAGCGAAGUGGGACUGCAUAUGGAGAAAAUCUGGCGCUUGGGCAUCCGAACUUACUAACAGCGAUUGAUGGGUGGUACUCGGAGGUCAGCAAGUACGACUUCAACGACCCAGGGUUCUCUUCGGCCACGGGCCAGUUCACUCAGCUCGUGUGGGCACGGACCACCCUUGUGGGCUGCGCCAUCGGUGUGUGCCCCAACGGGGUGUCGUACCUGGGCGGCCAGUGGUUCGGCAAGCUGUACGUCUGUAUGUAUUGGCUGCCAGGUAAUUACGCUGGUCAGUUCGGGGACAACGUACUGCCCAAAGUCACAGGACGCACGCUGCGGGUCGUGCAGCAGGGGCCGGAGUUGUAA